GACAUCUCUCACUGGUGCCUGACGGAGAUGAUCGGUUUCGGCUUGCCUUUACACCCUUAUCUCGAGUUCAACUUUCCAGAAUGCAAAGCACCUUGUCAUCCUCCAAGUUCUAUGAUCUCAAGGCUGAGGCUCCGAAAGGGGAGUAUAAAUUCGACCAGCUUAAGGGGAAAGUGGUCUUGAUAGUGAACGUCGCUUCGAAAUGCGGCUUCACUCCUCAAUACAACGGACUUCAGAAGAUCUGGGAUCAGUUCAAAGAUCAAGAUUUCGUUCUCCUAGGCUUCCCGAGUAAUCAGUUUGGUGGACAAGAACCUGGGACCGAUGAGGAGAUUGCUAGUUUUUGCACGUUGAACCAUGGCGUUACUUUCCCUCUUAUGAAGAAGAGCGAUGUGAACGGAGAUAAUACAAACGAAGUUUAUCAAUGGCUGAAGAACGAGAAAUCGGGGAUCUUGGGUCUUACGCGCAUCAAGUGGAACUUUGAGAAAUUCUUGGUAAAUAAGGAGGGGAAGGUCGUUGAGAGAUGGGCUUCGACGACGACGCCUGAUCAAAUCACUCCGUAUAUCGAGAAGUACCUGAAAGAAUCUAUUAGUGACAAGGGGAAAUCUCGUUUGUAGGUUGUCAUCAAUGAGGCUGUCGUUAAUGAUGUAUUCAUUUCUUGACUGUAAUCUAACCUCGCUUCUUGAUGGGAAGUGGCUGUGGGGGAAAGGGUCAAGCAUGUCUAACGAUACAGCAAAGAUUAGAACUUCAGUUUUCCCUCGCUUCGAGAAACCAAGAAACCCAUGAGGCUUGAGUGAAAAGGAUA